AUGGUCCGGCGAGGGGGCUGCGCGCUGCUGGCGCUGUGCGGCUCGCUGGCCGCCUGUGCCUGGCUGCUGGGCGCCGAGGCCCGGGGGGCUGCGGGCCCUGCCGCGGGCUCGAGGCGGCGCCGGCGGCCGCAGGAGGACGGCAUCUCCUUUGAGUACCACCGCUACCCAGAGCUUCGUGAGGCGCUCGUGUCCGUGUGGCUGCAGUGCGCCGCGGUCAGCAGGAUCUACACGGUGGGGCGCAGCUUCGAGGGCCGCGAGCUGCUGGUUCUCGAGCUGUCCGACAGCCCCGGCGUCCACGAGCCGGGUGAGCCUGAAUUUAAAUACAUUGGGAAUAUGCAUGGCAAUGAAGCUGUUGGACGGGAGCUGCUCAUUUUUCUGGCCCAGUACCUGUGCAAUGAGUACCAAAAAGGGAAUGAGACAAUUGUCCAGCUGAUCCACAACACCCGGAUCCACAUCAUGCCCUCCCUGAACCCAGAUGGCUUUGAAAAGGCAGCAUCUCAGCUUGGUGAGCUGAAAGACUGGUUUGUGGGUCGAAGCAAUGCCCAGGGAAUAGAUCUGAACCGGAACUUUCCCGACCUAGACAGAAUAGUUUAUGUUAAUGAGAAAGAAGGUGGUCCAAAUAAUCAUCUGUUGAAAAAUCUGAAGAAAAUUGUGGAUCAAAACACAAAGCUUGCUCCUGAGACGAAGGCUGUCAUUCAUUGGAUUAUGGAUAUUCCUUUUGUGCUCUCAGCAAAUCUUCAUGGAGGAGACCUUGUGGCCAAUUAUCCAUAUGAUGAGACACGGAGCGGUAGUGCUCACGAAUACAGCUCCUGCCCAGAUGACGACAUCUUCCAAAGCUUAGCUCGGGCGUACUCAUCCUUCAACCCUCCAAUGUCGGACCCAGAUCGGCCCCCAUGUCGCAAGAAUGAUGACGACAGCAGCUUUGUAGAAGGAACGACCAAUGGUGCUGCAUGGUACAGCGUGCCUGGAGGGAUGCAAGAUUUCAAUUACCUCAGCAGCAACUGCUUUGAGAUCACUGUGGAGCUUAGCUGUGAAAAGUUUCCACCUGAAGAGACUUUGAAGAACUACUGGGAAGAUAACAAAAACUCCCUCAUUAGCUACAUUCAGCAGAUACACCGAGGAGCUAAAGGAUUUGUCCGAGAUCUUCAGGGUAACCCAAUUGCCAAUGCCACCAUCUCUGUGGAAGGAAUAGACCAUGAUGUCACAUCUGCAAAGGAUGGUGAUUACUGGAGAUUGCUCGUUCCUGGAAACUAUAAACUUACAGCCUCAGCACCAGGCUAUCUGGCAAUAGCAAAGAAAGUUGCAGUUCCGUAUAGUCCUGCUGUCAGGGUUGAUUUUGAACUGGAGUCAUUUUCUGAAAGGAAAGAAGAAGAGAAGGAAGAAUUAAUGGAAUGGUGGAAGAUGAUGUCAGAAACUUUAAAUUUUUAA